GAACAGGCGAGAGGCGGCGGCUGCGGCUCCGUGGCCCGGGUCGGCUCCCCGCGGGAGCGCGGGCCAGAGGGGGCGCCCGAGCGCCGGGAGCCCGAGGAGCGAGCCGGUCCAGGCGGAGCACUGCUCGUCGCCGCGGCAACGGCGUGAGCCGCAAACAGCCGCGCCCGCCGGCCGACCCGCGACCAGAGCGGACGCCCGCGAGCGGCGCGGCGGGGAACGGCGGAGGCAGAGCGGCGGGGGCCAGCACCGGCCGGCCGUCCUCGCCCGCCGCGUGUCCCCGAGGGGCGCCGGAGCGCAGCGCGAUGGAACAACCGCAAAGACUGAAGGAAGAGAAGGAAGCCAAACGGGCACGUUUGGAUGGUAGGCAUGACUACUUAUUUGCGAUUGUAGCUUCCUGUGUAGACCUGGACAAAACUGAAGUGGAAGAUGCCAUUCUUGAGGGGAAUCAGAUUGAAAGAAUCGAUCAGCUUUUCGCUGCUGGAGGUCUUCGUCACCUUAUAUUUUACUAUCAGGACAUGGAGGUAACAGAAACAGGACAGCUUGGCUCUCCAGGGGGAGUAAAUCCCCUUUCUGAGAAGAUUAAAAAGCCUAAGGUGUUCGUGACAGAGGGAAAAGAUGUUGCUCUUACCGGAGUGUGUGUGUUCUUCAUCAGGACUGACCCUUCCAGAGCCAUCACCCCUGAGAACAUCCAUCAGGAGGUGAGCUUUAAUAUGUUAGACACCGCAGAUGGGGGCCUGCUCAAUAGCAUGAGGCGUUUGCUGUCAGAUAUCUUCAUUCCCGCUCUCAAGGCCACGAGCCAUGGCUGGGGCGAGCUCGAGGGCCUUCAGGAAGCAUCCAGCAUUCGGCAGGAGUUCUUGAGCUCUCUGGAAGGCUUUGUGAGCAUCCUGUCGGGCGCCCAGGAGAGUCUGAAGGAGAAGGUGAACCUUCAAAAGUGUGACAUAUUUGAACUGAAAACCCUGAAGGAACCAAUUGACUACCUGACUCUAGCUAAUAACCCCGAGACUCUGGAGAAAACAGAAGGUUGUAUGAGAGUAUGGAUCAGACAGACAGAACAGGUCCUUGCAGAAAACAACCAGCUGCGUAAGGAAGCGGAUGACCUUGGGCCCCGUGCAGAGCUGGAGCACUGGAAAAAAAGACUGUCCAAAUUUAACUACCUUUUGGAUCAAUUAAAAAGCCCGGAUGUGAAGGCUGUGUUGGCUGUGCUUGCUGCCGCCAGGUCCAAGCUUCUAAAGACUUGGAGGGAGAUGGAUAUUCGAGUUACUGAUGCAGCGAAUGAAGCGAAGGACAAUGUCAAAUAUCUGUACACACUUGAAAAAUGCUGUGACUCCUUGUACAGUAGUGACCCUAUAUCCAUGAUUGAUGCUAUUCCUACACUUAUAAAUGCAAUUAAAAUGAUCUAUAGUAUCUCUCAGUACUAUAACACCUCUGAGAAGAUCACAUCUCUGUUUGUAAAGGUGACUAAUCAGAUGAUAUCUGCGUGUAAAGCCUAUAUUACCAACAAUGGAACUGAUUCCAUCUGGAGCCAGCCGCAGGAUGUUGUGGUGGAAAAAAUACUGUCUGCAAUUAAGCUUAAGCAGGAAUACCAGCACUGCUUUCACAAGGUGAAACAAAAGCUUAAACAAGACCCAAGUGAAAAGCAAUUUGAAUUUAGUGAGAUGUAUAUUUUUGGAAAAUUUGAAACUUUCCACCGACGUCUUGCCAAGAUAAUAGACAUCUUUACAACCUUCCAGACAUACUCAGUCCUGCAAGACUCUAAAAUUGAAGGGCUCGAAGACAUGGUCACUAAAUACCAGAGUAUGGUUGCUACCAUAAAGAAAAAGGAAUAUAAUUUCUUAGACCAGCGGAAAAUGGAUUUUGACCAAGAUUAUGAAGAGUUUUGCAAGCAGACUAAUGACCUUCAUAAUGAGUUGCAGAAGUUCAUGGAUGUUACAUUUGAAAAGAUUCAAAACACAAAUCAAGCUCUAAGUAUGUUAAAGAAAUUUGAAAGAUUGAACAUACCUAAUCUUGGUAUUGAUGACAAAUAUCGGCGUGUUCUUGAGAACUAUGGGGCUGACAUUGAUAUGAUCUCUAAGCUGUAUACAAAGCAGAAAUGCGAUCCUCCUCUGGCUCGAGAUCAGCCUCCCAUCGCCGGGAAGAUUCUGUGGGCCCGUCAGCUCUUCCACAGGAUUCAGCAACCAAUGCAGCUUUUCCGGCAGCACCCAGCUGUGCUCCAGACGGCUGAAGCCAAGCCCGUGAUUCGCAGUUACAACAGAGUAGCCAAGGUACUCCUGGAGUUUGAGGUUCUCUACCACAGGGCAUCGCUUCAACAGGUUGAAGAAAUUCACAUAGGACUUGGGGCAUCUUUAUUGGUGAAGGCUCCACGCACAGGGGAAUUGUUUGUAAACUUUGAUCCUCAGAUAUUAACCUUAUUUAGAGAAACAGAGUGCAUGAUGCAGAUGGGUCUAGAAGUUUCACCAUUUGCAGCUGCUCUGUUCCAGAAACGGGAUGUAUACAAAAAGAACUUCAGUAACAUGAAGAUGAUGCUGGCUGAAUAUCAGAGAGUGAAGUCAAAAAUGCCUCCCACCAUAGAGCCACUGAUGGCCCCUCAUUUGGCUAAAGUGGACGAAGCUCUUCAACCGGGCCUGGCUGCACUGAGCUGGACCUCACUGAACAUUGAGAUAUACUUAAAAAACACUUUUGCAAAGAUCAAGGACCUUGAGUUGCUGCUUGACAGAGUCAACGAUCUGAUGGAGUUCCGCAUCGAUGCCGUUCUGGAAGAAAUGAGCAGCACGCCGCUUUGCCAGCUCCCUGAGGAGGAGCCGCUUACCUGCGCAGACUUCCUCCAAGUGACAAAGGACCUUUGUAUAAAGGGUGCUCAGAUACUAAAUUUUAAAAGCUCAUUAGUGGAGGAAGCAGUGAAUGAGCUAAUAAAUAUGCUGCUGGAUGUGGAAGUUCUAUCCAAAGAAGAAAGUGACAAAGUGUCUAAUAUGAAUAGUGCUGAUUCAAAAAACAAAAGUUCGGUAGAUGGUUCUCUCUUUCUCCAUCUCUCUCAAUCUUCUCAUCUUGUAACAGCAAAGAGACAAGAAGGAAAGUCUGACACCUUGACAUCAUCCCUUAAGGCCCCGGCAGGCCUCCUGCCUUUGGCAACUAUCCUGAGAAAGAAGAAGGAGACUGAAGUGUUAGAGGAGGAAGCCUGUGGGUUGUUGUCCUAUUUCAACCACCAAAACAUGGAUGCACUUCUGAAAGUUACAAGGAACACACUAGAGGCCAUCCGCAGGCGUAUUCAUUCCUCCAACACGACGAACUUCCGGGACAGUAAGAGUACAUCUAGGCUGAAGCAGAACAGCCUGCCCAUUUUCCGGGCCGACAUCACUCUGGCCAUUCCCAACAUCACCAUGGUCCCUGCCCUGGAGGACAUACAACAGACGCUGAACAAAGCCGUGGAGUGCAUCGUCAGUGUCACCAAGGGGGUUCGACUGUGGAGCAGUAAGCUGCUGUCCAAGAAAAAGAUGCAGGAGAGAAAAAUGGCUGCUUCGCAGAAUAACGAAGACAGUGAUUCUGAUGAUGAAAUGGGAGAAAACGAAUCUCAAGAUACCUUUGAGAUAGCAUCUGUAAACUUACCCAUUCCUGUACAAACCAGGAACUAUUAUAAGAAUGUGUCCGACAACAAAGAGAUUGUGAAAUUAGUCUCUGUGCUUAGCACGAUCAUCCACUCCACCAAAAAGGAAGUUGCUGCAUCUGUGGUUGGCUUCAAACGCUACAAUCACAUUUGGCAAAACGAGAAAGAAGAAAUGGUUUUGGCGUUUAUUACGGAAAACCCCCUGCUCUCUGAAUUUGAGUCUCAGAUUCUCUAUUUUCAAAAGCUUGAGCAGGAAAUUAAUGCCGAGCCGGAGUGCAUCCAUGUGGGUGCCGUUGCUGUGUACACAGCUGACUUGAAGUUCAUUCUGACUACUGAGACAAAGGCCUGGAUGGUUGUCAUUGGCCGUCACUGUAACAAAAAAUACAGGAGUGAGAUGGAAAACAUCUUUACACUUGUUGAAGAAUUCAAUAAGAAACUGAAUCGUCAGAUUAAAGACCUAGAUGAUAUUCGGAUUGCUAUGGCAGCACUGAAAGAAAUCAGGGAGCAGCAAAUCUCCAUUGACUUUCAAGUAGGACCUAUUGAGGAAUCCUAUGCCCUGCUUAACAAAUACGGGCUUCUGAUAGCAAAGGAAGAGAUGGACAAAGUCGAUACUCUGCAUUAUUCUUGGGAGAAGCUCCUGGCACGUGCCAACGAAGUUCAGAAUGAAUUAGUCUCACUGCAGCCUGGUUUUAGGAAGGAACUUAUUAGUACCGUGGAGGUCUUCCUUCAGGACUGUCACCAGUUCUACUUGGACUAUGAUUUGAAUGGUCCAAUGGCCAGUGGCUUGAAACCCCAGGAAGCCAGUGAUAGGCUUAUCAUGUUUCAGAAUCAAUUUGAUAAUAUCUAUCGGAAAUACAUCACCUACACUGGAGGAGAGGAGCUUUUUGGGCUGCCAGUUACUCAGUAUCCUCAGCUUCUUGAAAUAAAGAAGCAACUAAGUCUUCUACAGAAAAUAUACACUCUGUACAACAGCGUCAUAGAAACUGUAAAUAGCUAUCAUGAUAUCCUUUGGUCAGAAGUGAAUAUUGAAAAAAUCAACAGAGAACUUUCAGAGUUCCAGAACAGGUGUCGGAAGCUGCCCCGGGCCUUGAAGGACUGGCAGGCUUUCUUGGAUCUGAAGAAGACCAUUGAUGAUUUCAGUGAAUGCUGCCCCCUCCUAGAGCACAUGGCCGGUAAGGCCAUGAUGGAGAGGCACUGGAAAAGGAUAGCUGCUCUCACUGGGCAUAGUCUGGAUGUGGGGAAUGAAACCUUUAAGUUAAGAAAUAUCAUGGAGGCACCUCUUCUGAAAUACAAAGAGGAAAUAGAGGACAUCUGUAUCAGUGCAGUGAAAGAGAGGGACAUUGAGCAGAAGCUGAAGCAGGUGAUGAACGAGUGGGACAGCAAAGCAUUCACCUUUGGCACCUUUAAAACCCGUGGAGAGCUCCUCUUGCGGGGAGACAGCACCUCAGAAAUCAUCGCCAGCAUGGAGGACAGCUUGAUGUUGCUGGGCUCCCUACUGAGCAACAGGUACAAUAUGCCAUUCAAGGCCCAGAUUCAAAAGUGGGUGCAGUGCCUUUCUAACUCAACAGACGUCAUUGAGAACUGGAUGAUGGUGCAGAACUUGUGGAUUUACCUAGAAGCUGUCUUUGUGGGAGGAGAUAUUGCUAAGCAGCUGCCCAAGGAAGCCAAGCGCUUUUCCAAUAUUGAUAAAUCUUGGGUGAAGAUUAUGACUCGGGCUCAUGAAAUGCCAAAUGUAGUUCAGUGUUGUGUUGGAGAUGAGACCAUGGGACAGCUCUUACCACACUUGCUGGACCAGUUGGAAAUGUGCCAGAAAUCCCUCACUGGAUACUUGGAGAAAAAACGACUGUGCUUUCCUCGGUUCUUCUUCGUCUCAGACCCUGCGCUUUUGGAGAUACUGGGGCAGGCAUCAGACACACACACGAUACAGGCCCAUUUGCUGAAUGUGUUUGACAACGUCAAAACCGUCAAGUUCCAUGAAAAGAUCUAUGAUCGCAUUCUGUCAAUCUCCUCUCGAGAGGGUGAGACUGUUGAAUUGGAUAAACCUGUGAUGGCAGAGGGUAAUGUGGAAGUUUGGCUUAAUUCUCUCCUAGAGGAGUCUCAGUCCUCCUUGCAUCUUGUGAUUCGCCAGGCAGCUGCAAAUAUUCAAGAAACAGAUUUCCAGCUGAUUGAAUUUCUUUCUUCCUUCCCUGCUCAGGUUGGAUUAUUGGGAAUUCAAAUGAUAUGGACACGGGAUUCAGAAGAAGCCCUCAGAAAUGCCAAGUUUGAUAAAAAAAUCAUGCAGAAAACCAAUCAGUCUUUUCUGGAGCUCUUGAACAUAUUGAUAGGCAUCACAACAAAGGAUCUGAGUUCCAUAGAACGAGUUAAAUAUGAGACUUUGAUUACUAUUCAUGUGCACCAAAGGGAUAUAUUUGAUGACUUGUGUCAUAUGCAUAUCAAGAGCCCUACAGAUUUUGAGUGGCUGAAACAGUGCAGAUUUUAUUUUAACGAAGAUUCUGACAAGAUGAUGAUCCACAUCACAGAUGUGGCUUUCAUAUACCAGAAUGAAUUUUUAGGCUGCACUGACAGGCUUGUCAUAACUCCACUCACAGACAGGUGUUACAUCACAUUGGCUCAAGCUCUGGGAAUGAGCAUGGGAGGAGCUCCCGCCGGACCUGCAGGAACAGGGAAAACAGAAACCACUAAAGAUAUGGGACGUUGUCUUGGAAAAUAUGUUGUGGUUUUCAAUUGUUCUGACCAGAUGGAUUUCCGAGGCCUUGGGCGGAUUUUUAAAGGACUGGCACAGUCUGGAUCCUGGGGUUGUUUUGAUGAAUUUAACCGUAUCGAUUUACCAGUUCUGUCAGUGGCAGCCCAGCAAAUUUCCAUUAUUCUGACAUGUAAAAAGGAGCGGAAAAAGUCUUUUAUUUUUACCGAUGGAGAUAAUGUGACUAUGAACCCUGAAUUUGGACUUUUCCUGACCAUGAACCCUGGCUAUGCUGGGCGGCAGGAGCUCCCUGAGAACUUGAAGAUUAACUUCCGCUCUGUGGCCAUGAUGGUGCCCGACCGGCAGAUUAUCAUAAGGGUGAAGCUGGCUAGUUGUGGCUUUGUUGACAACAUUGUUUUGGCCAGGAAGUUUUUCACACUCUACAAGCUGUGCGAGGAGCAACUUUCUAAGCAGGUACAUUAUGAUUUUGGUCUGCGGAACAUUCUGUCAGUUCUGCGAACCUUGGGGGCGGCAAAAAGAGCCAACCCUUUGGAUACGGAAUCAACGAUCGUCAUGCGCGUUCUCCGAGACAUGAAUCUUUCUAAACUGAUUGAUGAGGAUGAACCCUUAUUUUUGAGUUUGAUUGAAGAUCUCUUCCCAAAUAUUCUUCUGGACAAGGCAGGUUACCCUGAACUGGAAAUGGCGAUCAGUAGACAGGUUGAAGAAUCUGGUUUAAUCAACCAUCCUCCUUGGAAACUCAAAGUCAUCCAGCUGUUUGAGACACAGAGAGUGCGGCAUGGGAUGAUGACCCUGGGGCCCAGUGGAGCAGGGAAAACCACCUGCAUCCACACCUUGAUGAGAGCCAUGGCAGAUUGUGGAAAGCCACACCGGGAACUGAGGAUGAAUCCCAAAGCGAUUACGGCCCCACAGAUGUUUGGUCGGCUUGACGUGGCCACAAACGACUGGACUGAUGGGAUAUUUUCAACCCUUUGGAGGAAAACACUGAGGGCCAAGAAAGGUGAACAUAUCUGGAUAGUUCUUGAUGGUCCAGUAGAUGCCAUUUGGAUUGAAAAUCUGAAUUCUGUUUUGGAUGAUAACAAAACUCUAACUCUUGCCAAUGGCGAUCGGAUUCCCAUGGCUCCAGACUGCAAGAUCAUUUUUGAACCCCAUAACAUUGAAAACGCUUCACCUGCUACUGUCUCAAGAAAUGGAAUGGUUUUCAUGAGUUCUUCUAUCCUUGAUUGGAGUCCUAUUCUCGAGGGUUUCCUUAAGAAACGCUCGCCUCAAGAAGCUGAAAUUCUUCGUCAGCUCUACGGCAAGUCUUUUCCUGACCUGUAUCGCUUCAGUAUCCAGAACUUAGAAUACAAGAUGGAGAUGCUUGAGGCUUUUGUAAUCAUGCAGAGCAUUAACAUGCUUCAAGGGCUGAUCCCUCCUAAGGAGCAAGGUGUGGAGGUCACACCAGAGCACCUGGGGAGACUGUACGUCUUCUCCCUGAUGUGGAGCGUUGGUGCCCUGCUUGAACUGGAGGGCCGACGCCGGCUGGAGCACUGGCUGUGUUCUCAGGAAGCCUUGACCUUGGAUUUGCCGCCUCUGGAGGGGACGGAGGACACCAUGUUUGACUAUUACGUCUCGUCCACUGGUGAAUGGAGGCACUGGACCACGUGCACUGAGGAAUAUGUGUAUCCAUCUGACAUCACCCCAGAAUAUGGCUCCAUCCUGGUGCCAAAUGUUGACAACGUGAGGACUGACUUUCUAAUUAAAACCAUCGCCAAACAGGGCAAGGCUGUGCUGCUAAUUGGUGAGCAAGGAACAGCUAAAACAGUCAUUAUCAAAGGAUUUAUGUCAAAAUACGAUUCUGAAAGUCACAUGAUCAAGAGUUUGAAUUUUUCUUCUGCAACCACCCCACUGAUGUUUCAGAGGACAAUAGAGAGCUAUGUGGAUAAGCGUAUGGGUACAACAUAUGGUCCUCCUGCAGGAAAGAAGAUGACUGUUUUUAUUGAUGAUGUGAAUAUGCCAAUAAUCAAUGAGUGGGGAGAUCAGGUUACUAAUGAGAUAGUACGACAGCUGAUGGAACAGAAUGGAUUUUAUAACCUAGAGAAGCCUGGGGAGUUCACCAGCAUCGUGGAUAUCCAGUUUUUGGCAGCCAUGAUCCAUCCUGGGGGUGGACGCAAUGAUAUACCGCAAAGACUCAAGAGGCAGUUCUCUAUAUUUAACUGCACGUUGCCUUCUGAUGCUUCCAUGGACAAGAUCUUUGGUGUUAUUGGGAGAGGCUACUACUGUGCUCAGAGGGGCUUCUCAGAAGACGUGAGAGAUUCGGUGAUGAAACUGGUUCCCCUCACACGCCAACUGUGGCAGAUGACCAAGAUUAAAAUGCUCCCUACACCUGCAAAAUUCCAUUACAUAUUUAACCUUCGAGAUCUUUCCAGGAUCUGGCAGGGCAUGCUGAACACCACCUCAGAGGUUAUCAGGGAACCAGAUGAACUGUUACGGCUGUGGAAGCAUGAGUGUAAACGUGUUAUAGCUGAUCGUUUCACGGUGUCCACUGAUGUGACCUGGUUUGAUAAGGCUUUAGUAGGUUUGGUGGAGAAGGAGUUUGGUGAAGAGAAAAAACUCUUGGUGGAUUGUGGAACUGAUGCUUAUUUUGUGGACUUCUUGAGGGACGCACCUGAAGCUACAGGUGAAGCACCUCAGGAGGCUGAUGCUGAAAUGCCCAAAAUUUAUGAGCCAAUUGAAUCUUUUGAUCACCUAAAGGAGCGCUUGAAUAUGUUCCUGCAGCUGUAUAAUGAGAGCAUCCGUGGCACUGGCAUGGAUUUGGUGUUCUUCGAGGACUCCAUGGUUCACUUAGUCAAGAUCUCACGUGUCAUUGGCACAGCCCGGGGAAAUGCCCUCCUGGUUGGAGUGGGGGGAUCAGGAAAACAGAGCCUGACAAGGUUGGCUUCGUUCAUUGCUGGCUAUUCUUCCUUCCAGAUCACUCUGACAAGAUCCUACAACACAUCAAAUCUGGUGGAAGACUUGAAGAUUUUGUAUAGAACGGCGGGGCAGCAAGGCAAAGGAAUCACUUUUAUCUUUACAGACAAGGAGAUUAAGGAUGAGUCAUUUUUGGAAUAUAUGAACAAUGUUUUAUCAUCGGGUGAGGUCUCCAACCUAUUUGCUUGUGAUGAAAUUGAUGAAAUUAAUAGUGAUCUCCUAUCUGUCAUGAAGAAAGAAUACCCCAGGCGCCCUCCUACCAAUGAGAACCUGCAUGACUACUUCAUGAGUCGGGUCCGACAGAACCUUCACAUUGUCCUCUGCUUUUCACCUGUUGGGGAGAAAUUUCGAAAUCGAGCGUUGAAAUUCCCUGCCCUUAUUUCAGGAUGUACUAUUGACUGGUUCAGCCGAUGGCCUAAGGAUGCCUUAGUUGCUGUGUCCGAACACUUCCUGUCCUCCUAUGACAUUGACUGCAGUUUGGAAACCAAGAAGGAAGUGGUCCAGUGCAUGGGUUCCUUCCAGGAUGGGGUGGCUGAGAAGUGUGUUGACUAUUUCCAGAGAUUCCGACGCUCUACUCACGUGACUCCCAAGUCCUACCUCUCCUUUAUUCAGGGCUAUAAGUGCACGUACAGAGAAAAACAUGUGGAAGUGCAAACUCUAGCCAGUAGAAUGAAUACUGGAUUGGAGAAGCUAAAAGAAGCCUCAGAGUCCGUUGCAGCCCUGAGCAAAGAACUGGAAGCGAAAGAAAAGGAGCUCCAAGUGGCCAACGAUAAAGCCGACAUGGUCUUAAAAGAAGUGACAAUGAAAGCACAGGCCGCCGAGAAGGUCAAAGCUGAGGUACAGAAGGUGAAGGACAAAGCCCAAGCCAUCGUGGACGGCAUCUCCAAAGAUAAAGCCAUUGCCGAAGAGAAACUGGAAGCAGCAAAACCAGCUUUAGAAGAAGCAGAAGCAGCCCUGAAGACCAUCAAGCCUUCGGACAUCGCCACUGUCCGCACGUUGGGCCGACCCCCUCACCUCAUCAUGAGGAUCAUGGAUUGUGUGCUCCUCCUGUUUCAAAGGAAAGUCAAUGCAGUGAAAAUUGACCUGGAAAAAAGCUGUACAAUUCCGUCCUGGCAAGAAUCUUUAAAACUCAUGACUGCAGGAAACUUCUUACAGAACUUACAGCAAUUCCCAAAAGACACAAUCAAUGAAGAAGUGAUAGAAUUUUUGAAUCCUUACUUUGAAAUGACAGACUACAACAUUGAAACUGCUAAACGCGUAUGUGGGAACGUAGCUGGCCUUUGUUCCUGGACCAAAGCCAUGGCUUCCUUCUUUUCUAUCAACAGAGAAGUGUUGCCUCUGAAGGCCAACUUGGUGGUACAGGAGAAUCGUUACAUCUUGGCCAUGCAGGAUCUGCAGAAGGCGCAGGCUGAGCUGGAUGACAAGCAAGCAGAGCUCGACGUGGUGCAGGCUGAGUAUGAACAGGCCAUGACCGAAAAGCAGACCUUGCUUGAAGAUGCGGAGCGCUGCAGACGAAAGAUGCAGACUGCCUCCACUCUGAUCGGUGGCUUGGUGGGAGAAAAAGAAAGAUGGACAGAGCAAAGUAAAGAGUUUGCUGCACAAACAAAAAGACUUGUAGGGGAUGUAUUGUUGGCUACAGCUUUUCUAUCUUAUUCUGGUCCAUUUAACCAAGAGUUUCGCAAUCUGCUGCUGUAUGACUGGCAGAAGGAAAUGAAAGCCCGGGAAAUCCCAUUUGGAGACAGUCUAAAUCUCAAUGAGAUGUUGAUUGAUGCUCCCACUAUUAGUGAAUGGAACCUCCAAGGUCUGCCAAAUGAUGACCUAUCUAUUCAGAAUGGAAUUAUUGUCACAAAGGCAUCUCGCUAUCCUUUGUUAAUUGAUCCACAAAUUCAAGGGAAGAUCUGGAUUAAAAAUAAAGAAAGCCAGAAUGAACUCCAGAUCACAUCUCUAAAUCACAAGUACUUCAGAAACCAUCUGGAGGACAGUCUUUCUCUUGGAAGGCCCUUGCUUAUUGAAGAUGUUGGGGAGGAACUAGAUCCAGCACUGGAUAAUGUUUUGGAGAGGAACCUCAUUAAGACUGGGUCUAUCUUUAAGGUGAAAGUUGGUGAUAAGGAAGUAGAUGUGAUGGAUGGCUUCAGACUCUACAUCACCACCAAACUGCCCAAUCCAGCCUACACCCCUGAAAUAAGCGCUCGGACCUCUAUCAUUGACUUCACUGUCACCAUGAAAGGUCUGGAAGAUCAGUUACUGGGGAGAGUCAUCUGCACAGAGAAGCAGGAACUGGAGAAAGAGAGAACUCAUCUCCUGGAAGAGGUAACUGCAAACAAAAGAAGGAUGAAAGAGUUAGAAGAUAAUUUGCUUUACCGGCUAACGAGUACCCAGGGGUCCCUGGUGGAAGACGAGAGUCUCACUGCUGUGCUGAGUAACACAAAAAAGACCGCAGAAGAGGUGACACAGAAGCUGGAAAUUUCGGCCGAGACAGAAAUUCAAAUUAACUCAGCCCGGGAGGAAUACAGACCUGUGGCGACUCGAGGCAGUAUCCUCUACUUCCUCAUCACUGAGAUGCGCUUGGUUAAUGACAUGUAUCAGACUUCGCUCCGCCAGUUUCUUGGCUUGUUUGACCUUUCCUUAGCCAGGUCUGUCAAGAGCCCAAUUACGAGCAAGAGGAUUGCUAAUAUCAUUGAGCAUAUGACUUAUGAGGUUUAUAAGUAUGCAGCCCGGGGCUUGUAUGAGGAACACAAGUUCCUGUUCACCUUGCUGCUUACCCUGAAGAUCGACAUCCAGAGGAACCGAGUCAAGCAUGAAGAGUUUCUUACCCUUAUUAAAGGAGGUGCCUCCUUGGACCUUAAAGCUUGUCCUCCUAAACCAUCUAAAUGGAUCCUGGACAUGACCUGGUUGAAUUUGGUGGAACUCAGCAAACUCAGACAGUUUUCAGAUGUCCUUGAUCAGAUAUCAAGAAAUGAGAAAAUGUGGAAAAUUUGGUUUGAUAAGGAAAACCCUGAGGAAGAACCCCUUCCAAAUGCCUAUGAUAAAUCUCUUGACUGCUUUAAACGUCUUCUCCUUAUUAGAUCCUGGUGUCCUGACAGAACCAUUGCCCAGGCCCGCAAGUACAUCAUGGACUCUAUGGGAGAGCGCUAUGCAGAAGGAGUUAUCCUGGACUUGGAAAAGACGUGGGAGGAAUCUGAUCCACGGACACCACUCAUCUGUCUCCUAUCUAUGGGCUCAGAUCCCACGGAUUCCAUCAUUGCCUUGGGGAAGAGAUUAAAAAUAGAAACCCGUUAUGUGUCCAUGGGCCAGGGCCAGGAGGUCCAUGCGCGCAAGCUCUUACAGCAGACCAUGGCAAAUGGAGGAUGGGCACUUCUGCAGAACUGCCAUCUGGGGCUCGAUUUCAUGGAUGAGCUAAUGGACAUAAUUAUAGAAACCGAGAUUGUACAUGAUGCUUUCCGCCUAUGGAUGACCACCGAAGUUCAUAAGCACUUUCCCAUUACGCUCCUUCAGAUGGCCAUUAAAUUUGCCAAUGAGCCUCCACAGGGCCUCCGGGCAGGAUUGAAAAGAACAUAUGGCGGUGUGAGCCAGGACCUGCUGGACGUGAACACUGCAGCCCAGUGGAAACCCAUGCUCUAUACUGUGGCUUUCCUGCACUCCACAGUCCAGGAGAGGAGGAAGUUCGGUCCUCUGGGGUGGAACAUCCCCUAUGAAUUUAAUCAGGCCGACUUUAAUGCCACUGUGCAGUUCAUCCAAAACCACUUGGAUGACAUGGAUGUCAAAAAGGGUGUCUCCUGGACCACCAUCCGCUACAUGAUAGGAGAAAUUCAGUAUGGGGGCAGAGUCACUGAUGACUAUGAUAAGAGGUUGCUGAACACAUUUGCUAAGGUCUGGUUCAGUGAAAAUAUGUUUGGAUCAGAUUUCAGCUUUUACCAAGGAUAUAAUAUUCCGAAAUGCAACACAGUGGAUAACUAUCUUCAAUACAUCCAGAGCCUGCCUACCUACGACAGCCCCGAGGUGUUCGGGCUGCAUCCCAAUGCCGACAUUACCUACCAGAGCAAGCUGGCCAAGGACGUGCUGGACACCAUCCUCAGCAUCCAACCCAAGGACAGCUCUGGUGGAGGGGAUGAGACCCGGGAGGCUGUGGUGGCCCGGCUGGCUGAUGAUAUGCUGGAAAAGCUGCCCCCGGACUAUGGCCCAUUUGAAGUGAAAGAGAGGCUCCAGAAGAUGGGGCUGUUCCAGCCGAUGAACAUUUUCCUCAGGCAGGAGAUAGACCGAAUGCAGAGGCUGCUCACUCUGGUCCGCAGCACCCUGACUGAGCUAAAACUUGCUGUUGAUGGUACCAUCAUCAUGAGUGAAGACCUAGGAGAUGCACUGGACUGCAUGUUUGAUGCCAGAAUUCCUGCUCGGUGGAAGAAAGCAUCAUGGGUUUCAAGUACAUUGGGUUUCUGGUUUACUGAACUUCUAGAAAGAAACUGCCAGUUUACCUCUUGGGUUUUCAAUGGUCGACCCCAGUGCUUCUGGAUGACAGGUUUUUUUAACCCCCAAGGAUUUUUAACUGCAAUGCGCCAGGAAAUAACUCGGGCCAACAAAGGCUGGGCCUUGGACAAUAUGGUGAUUUGCAGUGAGGUCACCAAGUGGAUGAAGGAUGACAUUUCCGCCCCGCCCACCGACGGUGUCUAUGUCUACGGCUUGUACCUUGAAGGUGCUGCUUGGGACAAGAGGAACAUGAAACUCACCGAAUCCAAACCAAAAGUGCUCUUUGAGUUGAUGCCUGUCAUAAGGAUUUAUGCAGAAAACAACACUUUAAGAGAUCCUCGGUUUUAUUCCUGCCCCAUUUACAAGAAGCCAGUCCGAACGGAUCUGAAUUACAUCACCGCUGUGGACCUCAGGACAGCACAGGUCCCUGAACACUGGGUGCUCCGUGGGGUUGCCCUUCUCUGUGAUGUCAAGUAACAUGGGGUGUGUCCCCACCCAAAACUUCAGAAAAUCCAAAUUAUCCUAACCUUUGUUUGUCUGUGAGUGCUGAACAAUGUAUAAAUCAGGUUGAUCAUGCAGUUAAUGAGCUGCGUAGGUUUUCCUACUCCUUAGUUGGACGCUUAAUUCCUUUUAACCUGCUUCAUCCUUAAUGACCAAUCCCUGUGUUUGUUGAAAAGUUAUUUGGUGAUUUAAAAGCAAAAUUUACAACUUCCUAAUGAAGUGUGGCCCGCAAAUCCACAGUGAUGCAUUCAGGUCCAAAGACUGGGUAAGGUCAAGCAGACAUUUCCUUGAAGUGAUUAUUCUUCUGCUAAUGUGGUUCUGGUAACAGCCAGCCCUGUUCUCUAAGGUAACGUGGCAGCUUUGUGCUGAUUUUGCUUCUGUGGCCUUUUGCCCUUAGGUCAGGUUAAGAGAUUUGUUUUCAGGGCUCAAGCAGCCAUUUGGGAAGACCUUUUAGAAAAUGGGAGGAAAUAGAAUGGGUUAAGAAUGUGAAUAGAUGAAUAGACAAUUCAUGUAAUCUUACAGAAUAAACAUAUAGAAUGAUGUUCAACCCCACUGAUAAUAAUGAGAUACUGAUUAUAAUAAAAAAAAUUAAA